AUGUUCGGCAAUCGCGGCCCUCAGAAUGUAAUCCUCAUACUUGCUAUUCUAGGGAGUAUGCCAGGUAGCAUGGUCGUCAGUUUGCCUGUUAUUCCGGCUAAAGAUAGUAAAACCAAUGUCGACUCAGCAGAUCAAAUCUUCUACGCUGUACGAUGCCAUGCCGACACCUACGUUAUAGCGCACCAUUGUCAGGCUCGCUGCAACGGAAGGGCUCAUGUACUCAUCAAUGAGACCCGAUGCCCAAUCGGAUCAGAUAAUGCUGACGAUAUCUUUUCGGAUUGUUACUGCACUCCAGAAUGUGUGCCUUGUAAGGAGGAGGGUGAAGAACAGGCUAAAGAGGACGUGUCCGUUCCUGAGUGA